UGUCUCAUUACCGCGUCGGAAUCGGGAGUUUUAAUAUGGCAUUCGUUCAUUUACUUUCAUUUUUGUUUUUCAUUCAGAUAGUUUCCAUACGGAGCCAAGACGUAUUCCCGAAUCUUCAGAUUCAAGAGAGUUCGGCAUCGUGUUUCGGUUUAGAAGACGACCAUACGCGAUGGAUGCGGGCUACCUGUUCGUCCCAAGACCUCGUUAUUCUCAUAGAAUCCUUUACCGUCGUUUUCCACCCCGUUGUCAUGAACUGUACAAACAACACCGUCAUUUAUGAAGAAUAUAGGGAUGCCUGUUGUUUGAAAGGAAGCGUGAACAAUACAAGGGAUUGUACAGUUACACACCAGUUCGACACGAAAUAUUCCGUCGCCAAUUAUCAGGCGUGUAAUGGGCAUUCUUCUUGUAAUGUCAUGGCCCCACAGCUGCUGGUGCGGAACACUCACUGUCCAUAUGAUAUCUUCGAGCCGACACCACAUGACAUUGUCUCAAACUUUAUGUACAUGAAUUACUACUGUCUUGAAAAGUCCCUCACUUUACCGGACAGCACUGGAAGCCUGACGACGCCUUCGCCGGGCAGUGUUAUCUACCUCCAGAGUCCUGGUUUCAGUAGUAACAAUCAGAGGAUUCCGUAUAAGAAGGACAGCGAAUGUUCGAUCCAAACAGGCUACUGCAGUUCAGGAAUAUAUGUUUACGUUCUUCAUUUGGUCUUAGAAGACAGUAACACUGAUACUUGGGAUAAUAUCCCUUGCAACCAGACGUUGAAAAUAGAAACUUCUAGAGGAGAUGUGCUUAAGGAAUGGACGUGUGCGGACAAUACCAACCUUAACAAGCAACCUCUCACACUAAAUGCAAACUACAUUCUUCUAAAACUAGAUAACAAUUAUACAAGUCCGAACGAUUGGGAUCAAAGCCGCGGGGGAGCAUAUUGGUUAGGAUUCGACUCUUUAGUGACAACAGGAAAUAUAAGAAUCGACUGCCCUGCAAUCGAACCACCUGUCUGUAUUGGUACAACGACCACAGUUACCACUUCAUUAACUGACACGUCUUCUACAAUUUCAACGACAUCAACUCGGGAAGCAAGUCCGACUACAACAGGUACAAAAACUACGGUUUCUGACACGUCUUCUACAAUUCCAACGACAACAACACGCGAAACCAGUCCGAUGACACCAGGCACAAACACUACGAUGACUGACAAGUGUUCUACAAUUUCAACGAGAUCAGCACGGGAAACCAUUAAGGCGACAACAGACCCAAACCCUCCAAAUACAACUUCAGACAGCACAACAAUAUUUACACCCUUGCUAUGUAUUUCUUUCGCAUUUGGACUUUUAAUAUCCUUCGGUCUAAACCACAGUACAUAAAUUAUUCACAUAUUGAACUACAUAAUCAUAGCCCUAGCUUAUUUCUACAAUUAACAACACAACUUCGUAAAAUUGUAAUUGAAGUUAAUUUGGAUAUGGAUCAGUUGAAAACGAAAGAAAUUGAGAAACACAUCGUAUUCAUUUGAAAAGGAUAUCAUGAACUUUUAAUGUUAUAUAUUUAUGUUGAACAGAAACCAGAGUAAUGAAUCAGUAGCAAAACACACACACGCACGCACGCACGCACGCACGCACGCACGCAAGUACUCACACAGACACACGGAAAAAAUUAAUCAAGGUUACACGUUGAAACAAUACUUUCAUGUGUUUAUUGUAUCAUGUGUAAGCAGGCACCGUAUGAGUUAUGUAAUCUCAGAUCUGUUGUUUUUUCAUUCUUGUUAAUUUGUAUUGUAUUCGUGUGUGUUCUUUCUAAUG